AUGAUAAACCACCGUGGCUCCCAGCUUCGGAUCUCGCCACCCGCAUCACCACCACCACUAGCACGCUCUCCGCCUCCAAUGACGCAGACCCCUACGCCCACGGCCUCGGCCACUGCUGCACAGCCUUCACCGGGGCCCGAGCCCGCGCCGGAGGCGGAGCUGCCGGACGCCAUCGCGGCCGCGCUGCCGCCGGACCCGUACGAGCAGCUGGAGGUGGCGCGCAAGAUCACGGCCGUGGCCGUGGCGUCCCGGGCCUCGCGCCUCGAGCUCGAGGCCGCGCGGCUACGGCAGAGGCUGGCCGACAGGGACCGCCUCGCCGCCGAGCUCGCCGACAGGGCCGCCAAGCUCGAGCUGGCACUCCGCGACGCCGACGCGCGACUCCGCGGCGCGCUCGACGACAACGCCAAGCUGGUCAAGGAGCGGGACUCGCUCGCGCAGACGUCCAAGAAGCUGGCCAGGGACCUCGCCAAGCUGGAAACCUUCAAGCGGCAUCUGAUGCAAUCGCUGGGCGAUGACAAUUCCCAAAUUCAGGAAACAGUAGACAUAAGAACCUGCGAGCAAUCGGUGGCAAAAGCGAAUUCCUGGAAAGAUGGACUAGAGAACAGCCAUCCAGCAUCCUCUCUAUCCGACGAAUCCAACGAAGCCGAAAGCAUAAAUCAGGAAGUAACGAGGCCAUUUGAGCAGAAACUGACCAUCACGCACAUCACUCCACGCCUCACCUCGGAUCCUGCGACGAAGCUGAGAACCGCCGCAACAACAUCCCCGAGAAGGUACUCCACGGCGGUGUCGCCCAAACUGGCGUCCGGCGCCACCUCGCCGCGAUUGGAGGGCCACAUGGCGAUGUCGCCAUGGCUGCCCUCCAGCAAGAUGUCCUCUGCAGCCAACUCGCCUCCUCGUGGACACUCUACCUCAGGACGCGGUACAAGAGUAGAUGGCAAAGAGUUCUUUCGUCAAGCAAGAAGUCGCCUGUCGUACGAACAAUUUGCGGCUUUUCUUGCCAAUAUCAAGGAGCUCAACGCCCAUAGGCAAUCUCGAGAGGAGACCCUGAGGAAGGCGGAUGAGAUCUUCGGUGCAGAAAACAAGGACCUCUUGAGGUCGUUCCAAGGGCUGCUUAGCCGCAGCCUAUCGUAG